AUUCGUAAACAACAGAGUACCUCGAGUCUGCUUUCUGUUUAUUUUUUAUCGGGUGUUCCUUUGUGGCCUUCACAUUCGUUUCGUUGGGACGAUUUUCAUUUUUGUUUCCAACGCACUUGAAGCAGAGACGACAAUCAACUCCUCGAGGAUGGUUUUCCAGCAAAUAAAGAUACUCUUUUUGAGUAUUUUCGGUUUAUUUAGAAGAGCACUAUGUUGUUUCUCCCGGAAGAGGAAACCCAGCUAUUCAGAGCCAAUGAAUAAUGUUGUCGUCAUUCAAUCCAAUUACGCUCCUCCGCCAAUUUCCACAAAUAUUUCGACGGCUCCUCCUGAACGUGAUUGGAACUCAUGGGACGACAGUCCUAGGUCAGUUCAAGAGCAUAUUGAACAAUACAGACAGCAAAUUGCUAAGCCCCCAACCCCUCAGGCUGAAGUAAAUGAACCUGACUUCUUUAAGGAAUUAACUCCUGUUAUAAGGCCACAGCCAAAAUAUUACCUGGCAGAUAAUACCCAAGACCAGCAAGAUUUCUCGCGUUUGCAGGCGGCGAAAACAGAUGUACCAAUAGCUUUAAAUGCAGAUUUAGAAGACUGGGAAGAUGAGGACACCGGUGAUUGGGAGGAAAUGGAUAAUGAACAGACAAAACAAUUGAUUCGAGAAAAAAGACGAGAGAUGAGAAAUAUGCGCCAAAAGUCACUUAAAUACAAGCAAAUGGCAAACAACAUUCCUGCAAACGACCUCAAUCCAUCCAAGGUUGUUUCGUAGUAUUGAUUAAAAUAUGUAUGCAAUAUUUAUGUACCUUAUUUGUUUUUUCAUAAUACCGUUUCCUUAAAUAUUUUUUAUGUUUCCACAUGUUUGUUCUACAACAACUUUUUAUAGACUAAAGUUUGGAAUUCGAUUAGGAAAUAAAGGAUUUGAAUGUUUAGUUCAAAAAAGAACAUAUAUUUAUGUACAUAUAUGUAUUUCAGUAUAUUUUUAAAGUUAAUUUAAACAUUAAAAUAUGGUAUUAUAAACCAUGAUACACAAUACAAUAAAAUAAUUGCUAUAUCUA